UGCCUCAUGGCUCGUCCCGAAAGGCUUGCGAGACAUGUGACUGCGCGUUCACGCGCAGGCAUGUGGAGGGGAGAUGCGAUUACUCAGCUGUGCCUGAGAGGAUACCGGCGGAAACAUUGAGGUAUUAUCCACUCGUGUAAAUGUUCUGACAACAGCUGCAAUGGUGUUUUCAUUUCUGGAGUAAAACUAUCAUCACCACGGACUACGCAAAACGGUAACCUGUUCAGCAUUCGCUCGGAUUUCUUGUUACGUGCGGUUAUCACGACUGGAAUUGCGUAGCAGCCUUUUGCGCUGCGCGGACCCAUAGCUCGAGCAACAGUUGCUUCAGACCGAUCUGCGCCGUCAGAAGAGUCAACGGAACGAUGGACUCUGAUCUGGCACCUCCGAAGAAAAGGGUGAGCUCGGAUCGGCGCAAAGAGAAGUCGCGCGACGCGGCCCGCAGUCGACGAGGCAAGGAGUCGGAGGUGUUCUACGAGCUGGCCAACGAGCUGCCCCUCCCCCACAGCCUCAGCUCCAACCUGGACAAGGCCUCCGUCAUGCGUCUCGCCCUCAGCUACCUGCGCCUCAGGAGACUACUAACCGCCGCUGUAAAAACAGAGCAGGAGUCGGAGCUGGACACUCAGCUGAGCGGCUUGUUCCUGAAAGCUCUGGACGGUUUCUUUAUGGUACUGUCUGAGGAUGGCGACAUGGUCUACCUGUCUGAGAAUGUCAACAAGUGUCUGGGGCUCCCUCAGAUUGAUCUGACUGGCCACAGCCUCUUUGACUUCACACACCCCUGUGACCAUGACGAGAUCAGAGAGAUGCUCGUACACAAAACAGCCUCCUCUAAGAAGGUGAAGGAGCACGACAUGGAGAGGAACUUUCUGCUGAGGAUGAAAUGCACCCUGACCAGUAGGGGGCGCACUGUCAACAUCAAAUCAGCUACAUGGAAGGUCCUUCGCUGCACGGGCCACGUGCGCAUGUGUAACAUGGUGCUGGGGGAGUGUGUGAGUGUGUGUGGGAAGGCCCCUCCCACCGUCCCCUCUCUGGUGCUGAUCUGCCAGCCCAUUCCCCACCCUGCCAACAUCGAGGUCCCGCUGGACUCCAGAACCUUCCUCAGUCGACACACACUCGACAUGAAGUUCACCUACUGUGAUGAACGGAUUACUGAGUUGUUGGGCUAUGAGCCAGAUGACCUCCUGGAUCGCUCUGUAUAUGAGUACUACCAUGCCCUGGACUCAGACCACCUCACCAAGACACACCACACUUUGUUUGCUAAAGGUCAGGUGUGUACAGGUCAGUACAGGAUGCUGGCCAAGAGAGGAGGCUUUGUGUGGGUGGAGACUCAGGCCACUGUCAUCUACAACAACAAGAACUCCCAGCCCCAGUGUUUGGUGUGUGUGAACUAUGUACUCAGCGGCGUGGAGCAGCAGAAACUGGUGCUGUCUAUGGAGCAGACGUGUGCGCACCGCGUGAAGCAGGAGAACGGCCAGGAGCCCAGCUGUGAGACACAGCGCCCCCUACAGGUGGCCACCAAGAAGGAACAGGGCCAGGAGAAGCACGAGGACGCUGGAGACUCCGUGAUGGAGCUGGAGACUCCGUCUGGAGUGGAGGCCCUGGGGGAGGAGCCGGGGGCGCUGACACUGAUCGCUCCACCAAUCACAGGAGACGCCAUCAUCUCAUUGGACCUCAGCUCAGACGCAGAGAUCCCCGUCCUGAAGGAUGUUCAGCUCUUUAAUGAUGUCAUGCUGCCCUCCUCCCGCACUCUGCUGGCUCCGCCCACCUGCUGCCUGUCUGAUGCCACACACACACCCUUCCCAGCAUCCUCCAUUCCAGACUGCUCCAGCACUGAGAGCUCAGCCGGGCCCUGCAGUCCUCUGGAGCUGUCUGACCUGAGCACGGACUUCAAGCCGGACCUGGUGGAGCGCCUCUUCUCCAUGGAGAUGGACGCUGAAGCUCCCUUCACAACACAGUCGAUGGAGGAUCUGGAUCUGGAGAUGCUGGCCCCUUACAUUCCUAUGGAUGAUGACUUCCAGCUGCGUACACCCUCCCCCACCGAGUCCCUCUCUCCCAGUCCACUCAAACUCCAGCCCCAGGCUCCUAGUCCUGCACCCAACCAGCAGGCCUCAAAGAGCCCCAACGAGAUGCCGCUUGCUGGGAUGGUUAGCCAGAUGGAGGCCCUCAAGACUCCAGUCCCACUGGCAACCCAUGUCUUCCAGAGUGCGUAUGUUCCAGGAUCGCCCCCGCUGGCCACUGAGAGUACUGCCCAACCAGUCAGUUUCAAAGACAUCACUGACACUGAGAUUGGCAACGUCCCACUGAAGAGGAAAUUGGAGACUGUCACUUCGCUCUCACAGGCUGUUGGACUGGUGAUGUUAGACGUGGAGCCGAGCAGAAAGAUACAGAAGCUGCAGCUGGCUGGAGCUGAAGGUCUCUCCAACACCACCAUACUGUUACUGCCCUCCGACCUGGCCAGACAGUUGCUGGCUCGUUCCUCUAAGGUGGGGUCACUCUCAGGGUCACUCCCCCAGCUGACCCGUGACGACUGUGAGGUCAACGCCCCGGUCACCACCUGGCAGAACCUGCUGCAGGGGGAGGAGCUCCUGCGGGCACUGGACCAGCUCAUCUGAUGUGGCCACACCUGUUCAGCGAAGGGGACAACGUUGACAAAAAAAACGCUGAAGGAACAUUGAAGAAACAUCGUUAAAGAAAUGUUAAAUGAAAGCCCUUUUGUCUUGUUCUCCCAAAGAACUCUC